UCUCUGUCUAUCUAGGGUUUGAACUUUGAAGUUGUUAAAUUCAAUGUGUUGAAAACUUCUACUUCGUUGCAUCGUCGUCGUUUACUGAAACGGAACCAUGGAAAUACUGGAAUUGUCGACGAUGCUUGAAUUAACAUUAAUCAUAGCUUUAGUUUGUGGAUUAGGUUUAGCAGCUGCUGUUGUUAUUGAAUCAUUCAGAAGAAGAUCUAAUCACAUUCAUCUCGAAGCUCACCCGAUCUUUGAAGAUCCAAAUUCUCUCAAACAGGUUGAUUGCCCUUAUAUAUAUGAUCCUGCUGAAAAAUAUAUUUCAUUGAUUGUGCCUGCAUAUAAUGAAGAACUUAGACUGCCUGCUGCUCUUGAUGAGACUAUGAAUUAUCUUCAAGAACGUGCUGGAAAGGAUAAUUCGUUUACAUAUGAGGUGAUAAUCGUUGAUGAUGGAAGUAAGGAUGGAACAAAACGAGUAGCCUUUGACUUUGUGAGGAAGUAUAAAGUAGACAAUGUUAGAGUUGUGCUUCUAGGAAAGAAUCAGGGCAAAGGAGAAGCUAUAAGAAAAGGAAUGCUUCAUUCUCGGGGAAAACUACUUCUGAUGCUAGAUGCUGAUGGAGCCACCAAAGUUGAUGAUCUGGAAAAGCUUGAAAAUCAGAUUCUUGCAGUUGCCAAAAAGAAACAUCAAUCAGCUGGAGAUUCAAGUGAAGGAAUCCAAGAUAUCCCUAUAGUGGCAUUCGGUUCACGUGCUCAUCUAGAGAAGAAAGCUCUAGCUACAAGGAAGUGGUACCGAAACUUUUUGAUGAAAGGGUUCCAUCUCGUUGUCCUCCUAGCUGCUGGCCCUGGAGUUCGUGAUACACAGUGUGGAUUUAAGAUGUUUACUAGAGCUGCUGCAAGGAAGCUUUUUACUAAUAUUCGUUUGAAAAGAUGGUGCUUUGACGUGGAAUUAGUUUACUUAAGCAAAUAUUUUGGCAUCCCUAUUAUAGAGAUAUCGGUAACCUGGUCUGAAAUUCCCGGAUCGAAGGUGAGUCUGUUAAGCAUUCUGAACAUGCUGUGGGAAAUGAGUCUUAUGUCUGUGGGAUAUAGACUUGGUAUAUGGAAGAUAAGCAGCGAUCGACAAUCUUAGUUCAAGUGAGUUAACCAGGUUUUUUUAUUGCGUCUGCAGAAAUUUCAGUUAUUAUUUUUCUUGUGUUAUUAACUGUAAGUUGAAAAUAUUAUGUAUGCUAGACAUUAUGAGAGACAGUUAUACUAAUCUAUGCUGAAAAUCUAAUGAGAGACAUUAAAAAUUAAAAUCCCA